AUGCUUCUUGCAAGUGUCCCGGAUCCCGGUCUGGGUAUUGAAAGGGUGGACUUCAAUCUGGUUGAUGACAGGCUUGACUCCGGAGUCGGACGCCUCGACUGCUUUCAUGAGCUCCUCAAUCUACAAAAUCUCCACCGCAUCCUCCAAGGCCUUCCAGCUCGUCAGGCGCGCCUUUUUCCCGCCGUAGGGACUGUGCAGCAGGAACAGAUCGAUGUAGCCCAGACCGCAGGCCUCAAUCGACUGGGCGAUGGAGCGCUUGACGGCGUCGUACGAGGUCUCGUUCUCGGCGAGCUUGGAGGUGUAGAAGAUGUCCUCGCGGCGCAGGCCCUGGGUGUUCUGAGGGCCGGCGAGGAAGUUCUUGAUGGCCAGGCCGGCCUCGCGCUCGUUGUAAUACAUCUGCGCGCAGUCGAAGCCGCGGUAGCCCACGGCCAGGGCCUCUCCCACUGA